AUGACGGCCCGUCGAAGCAUGUCUGGCCAGAUUUUCAACCCUUCGCACCCAUUGUUCAUUCAUGUCGCCAUCAACAACACUGCCAGCUUUAAUAGACCAUGCUGGGCCAUUCUUCAAGUGUGUUACAAACCAGACGAACAAAUCACGUUUGACGCCGCUCAAGAAUGGGCUCUCAUCCCUACCUAUUCGGUAAUGCCGGCAAACCGUUGGAUCGGCCCCGAAAAUUUGCGGCUCCACCUCGGCGGCCUGUCUUCGCUCAACGAGCUUCGCACAGCCUUGCAUGCCUGA